CGCCAUUUGUUUUACAAGUCAAGUACAAGUGUGUUCAGAUAUGCCACAUUCGGCUGACGACCUGUUUCCUGAAGAAUCACUCACUCUAUCUGGAGAACAGGGUGCCGUAUUUUUUUCCGCUCGCCUUGGGAUGCAGCUCAACAACUCUCGCUAUACAAAUCUCAGGAAGCUGGGGAGAGGGAAACUUUCCUGUACUUGGUUGGCUUCAGAUUUUUCGUAGGUCUAGUUGUAUCACCGAGCACUGAAUUCUC